UCCGCAGCAAUCGCGAGUAAAGUGAAAAUGCUCACGAGUUUGAUCACUUCUAUACCGCACCGGGGGUUAGUAUGAAGGUGAGCAAAAUAGGGCCGUUGCCGUCGGGACCGACAAAAUCACCAAAUUUGCUCACUAGAAAGGGGCGAGAGCAAACAUGCACUGAAAAAAUUCUACCGUUUUAAGCAGAAUUAAACAAACGACGUUGCAGCGUGUAGAUGUUUGUUGAUUUCUUUUUAAGAAAAGAAUUGUAUGAAAAUCAAAAUUGAGGAUGGAUUCAUUUUUGGAAUAACCAAUUUCGAUACAGUUUUCCGUGUUAAAAGUUCAAUUUAUCCAAGAAUUGAACGAGAAAGUGCAAAUGCUGGUUUUGGUGAUAAACAAACUCGAAGCAUCGUAUUUUGUGACCAAAAAUGGUUGUUUAACAGAACUAGAAGAGCCGUUAGGUGGACGAAAUGGGCAAGAGGAAAUUACCCUGGCUGAUGUGCUAUUCUAUGUGGCAGUGCUGAGUGAGUUUCCGUUGCCGGAUGAACAACCUUGCAUCGAAGUUCCGUUGUUUCCUUCGAAAAAAGCAAUGGGGUCUGACUGGAAUUUCCAAAAACAUCAAGCAAGCGAUGACACAUGCGAAUUUGAUUCAACUUCUGAAAGAAUUACAAAAGUAUGCUGCUCUGUAUAACAUAGCAGUGCUAUCCGGGGCUAACUUAGCCCCGGAAGUACUACCAGAGGAAGACAUCCGAUGCCUUUCCCGGGGAAGUUAAAGAUCAGAGUUAAGUUAGUUUUGACAGGCAAAUCCAUCAACAUUUUUGCCGUGCUAGACGAACUAAAGAACAUUAAAUCGAGUGACCUCCAGUCGUUGUUUAAGUUAGUUUUUUCUAUAUAGAAAAAUUAUGUUAAUUCGAAUGACAGUAGCAAAAGCAAGAAUUUUAUUCCUUUUCCCAGGAUGCACGACGUUAUAAGAUUUUCUUUAUGAUGACCUCUGUCCUACUUUAAAUCUUUAAAUGUAUGAUUGAUUGGCGAUUGUGUGUGA